AUGCUCCUUCAAUCCGCUUCAAGCUUGCUUCAUGAACACUGCAUUUCGGUCAUCGCCACUUCGAUUCUCCUGGUGGUAGUCGCGCAGGUAUACUACCAAGUCUUCAUCAACCCUCUUGGUAAAUAUCCCGGACCAACGCUUGCAGCUACAUCACGGAUACCGCAUGUUUACCAUACCCUCAAAGGCGACCUACUUGAAUGGAUCGGUAGACUCCAUGCCAAAUAUGGCGAUGUAGUCCGUGUCGCCCCAGAUGAACUGAGCUAUGCGGCUGGCGAAGCGUGGAAGGAGAUCUAUGGUCAUGCCACCGCAGGAAAGCCCACUACAGAGAAGGACCCUCGAUUCUACGGCCCAUCAUUUAAUGGAGCCCCAGAUAUUCUUCGGGGAAAAGGACCCGACCACGCCCGCUUUCGCCGCAACUUCUCGCACGCUUUUUCUGAUCGGGCGCUCCGAGAACAGCAAUCUUUGAUCUGUGGGUAUGUGGAUACGUUGAUUGAUCACCUCCACCAAACGAUCAAGGAGGAUCCCAAUGCAAAAAUCAACAUGGUCCGCAUGCUCAAUCUGACCACAUUUGAUAUCAUGGGGGAUUUGACCUUCGGGGAUCCCUUGGAUCUGUUAGCUGGAUCUGGAAACCUCAAUUGGGUGUCGGCAGUGUUCCUCACUAUUAAAACCAAUGCCGUGCGCCGACUUGCGCGCUACGUCCCUUGGACCGCUCUGAUUGCGCAAAUGCUCAUUCCAAAGGAACUGAAGCGGCAAAGCCAAGCUCAUUUCAAGGCCUCCCAGGAGCGGGUGGACAAGAGGAUUGACGGCAACCAUGUCCUGCAAAAACCCGACAUCUGGGGUAUUGUCAUGAGCCAAAAGGAGGAACUCCUUCUAAGCCGCCAAGAGAUGUACGCCAACUCCCAGGUCUUCAUGGUUGCAGGCACCGAGACUACUGCAACUGCACUCAGUGGGUUGCUCUACCACCUCCUGAUGACGCCGCAGAAGAUGAAGACCAUUGCAGAGGAAGUCCGUGGGACUUUUGAGAAAGACUCUGAUAUCGAAAUGAGAUCUCUCGAGCAUAUGCCCUAUCUCAAUGCGUGCAUUGAGGAAGGGCUACGCGUCUACCCCCCAGUUCCGGUGGGUCUGCCUCGCAUCGCUCCCGAUGAGGGAUUGAUUGUUUGUGGAGAGCAUGUCCCAGGAAAGACUGUGCUCUCGGUUAAUCACUGGGCUACCUAUCACAACGCUAAAAACUUUAGACAGCCAAAUCAGUUCAUCCCAGAGCGUUGGAUUAGCGAUGAGUUUGCCACUGAUAAUAAGGCUGCCUUCCAACCGUUCUCAUUCGGCCCUCGCAACUGUAUUGGAAAGAAUCUGGCAUACCACGAAAUGCGUCUCAUUCUGGCCAAAGUGUUGUAUAACUUUGACUUUUCUCUUCUCCCAGAGUCCGUUGGUUGGGAAAAACAGAAAACCUUCUUUCUGUGGGAGAAGAACGAUUUGAUGGUUCAGCUGAAGGCGAGAGAAUAA